GGGGAGAGCCGCACACCUUCUGGGCUCGGAGUGGGAGACAGGCUGCACCUGGGUGCAGGAGAGCGCGCCUGGGAGAGCGGCUGGGGAGACGGCGCCGCGGCAACCGCCGGGGAAGGGGAGGCACGAGCGCCGAGCCCCAGAGGAAGGUGAUACUCAACAGCUGCUGCCUUGAAUUCAACUGAAAGUAUUGCUCUGCAUCUGGACGAGAGGAAGAGGGAGAGAGAAAGACCAUCAUAAAAUCAUGUAACUUGACCCUCAAGGAAAGCAGCAUCUCAUCAAGAACCUGCCCACAAUAAUACUGCGGCAAAAUCAACCUUCUCAAGUCUGGCAAAUCAAAGCACUGAAUAAUUGAGGAUUUAAACAAAAACUUAAUGACUCUGGAUACAGCCUAACGCUGUUCGUGACUUGAACGUUUUGAACCUAGGUUUUUGUUUUUUACCAAUUUUUUAAUUCAGUCCUUUCAAGAUGAUUGAUUUAAGCUUCCUCACAGAGGAGGAGCAAGAUGCCAUCAUGAAGGUCCUUCAGAGAGAUGCUGAAUUGAAGAGGGCCGAAGAAGAGAGAGUCAGACAUUUGCCUGAAAAAAUUAAGGAUGACCAACAACUGAAGAAUAUGAGUGGCCAGUGGUUUUAUGAAGCCAAGUCUAAGAGACACAGAGAUAAAAUCCAUGGAGCAGAUAUAAUUCGGGCAUCGAUCAGAAGAAAGAAACCACAAACAUUUGCGGAGCAAAAUCAGAACAGAACAGUCAGAGUGCAGAAAACCUGGGUGAAUAAUGUCAACAAAGACAUCCUCCUUCCCUCAGAACUGUUGGGUGUCAUGGAAGAGCAAGAAGAAGAUAUGGGUGGGCAGUCAGACUCAAGGACCAUUGUAUUGAAUCCAGCUUCUUUCAUGUCAGAUGAAGCCCAAGAAAACCCAAAGAAGUCAUCUGUGUCUCCUUCAAAGCUAAGGAAGAAUCCAUUUAAUAGCUCCAUGUUUCCAGAGGAUAAUGUAUCUUUCCAAAUCCCAAAUGAACCAUCGGAAAAUGGACGAACUGGUUUACUUCAGAUUUCAAAAGAGGAUGCAUUGUUUUAUUCAAAGGAAAACAAGUUCACCCCAUACUUUCCAGACCAAAGAUUAGAAGGACCAAGCCCAGUUGUUCUAGGACCUGUCGAUGGAUCCCCAAUGAAGCCACAUCCCAAAGCCAGGAAAUUCAUUUAUAAAAAUACAUCUAAUCUAGAUGAUAACCAGUCCCUUCCUAAUCUGGGCCAAAAGACAGAUUCCCUGAACAGCAGAAGUGCCCCCCGAGGGAUCCUCAAACGGAACUCCAGCUCCAGCAGCACCGAUUCAGAAAUUGUUCGUUCUAAUCACACCUUGGAACCCAAAAGCAAAAAUCUGCCAGCUCGCCUUGUGAUUCACGAGGGAAACGCUGAAAAGGAUGACUCCAUGGAAGAUGAGUCUUCCCAGAAUCCUCUAGAGCCCUUCAAACAAGUGAGAUUUUCAGCCGUGAAGGAAGAAGUUGCGCAGGGUCCUGAGCUGAACCAUGGCAGGGAAGUGGGAGAAUUUGGCCUUUUGGAAUCUGAUAUACCUAUUGGUGGAAUGGAAGACGCAGGUUACUUUCAGGAGCUUCCGAAUAAACCUGUGUUUUCCAGGUACAGAAAACCAACCCAACAAAUGAAUCCAGCUUCUGACUCUUACCAGAUUAAUGGAACAAGCCCAUCAACUGAGAACAACUCUCAUCAGAAGAUCCCUCCUCAGUCAGAGAUUUUAAACAAAAGACUAUCUUUCAGUGAGAACCCAUCCUCUAACAGAGAGUCCAAAAAGGCAUCCUCAAAGCGGUUGAGCCUUGAAUCAGAAUUGUGCAAAAACCCUGCUGAUGAGAGUCCCCAUUGGGUUGAACCUGAACCACCUCAGGUACAAGAUCUCAGUCAUUCUGCAGAUCAUCAGCAAGGUUCAGAAGAAGAGUCAAAUCCUGUUUUGAAGGCUUUGAAAAGGAAUGCUGAUAGGAAAAUGCCUUCCCAAAGCCUAGAGGACAUUGCAUCAGACACACCAAAUCGAGGCAAAGUAGAUUUUCUGCCAGAAGACUUAGUGCGUAGUGCUGAAGAUGAUCAGAAAACAGAUCAACAACAAGCUACAAAUGAAUACAUGCCAGGAAUUUCCACAGUGCCUUCACAUCCCGAUAACCAAUUUCCACAUCCCGAAAAACUCAAAAGGAUGAGCAAGUCUGUUCCAGCAUUCCUCCAAGAUGAGAGUGAUGACAGAGAGACCGAUACCGCAUCAGAAAGCAGUUACCAGCUUGGCAGACACAAGAAGAGCUCGAGCUCUUUAACCAAUCUUAGCAGCUCCUCUGGCAUGACAUCAUUGUCUUCUGUGAGUGGAAGUGCGAUGAGUGUUUACAGUGGAGACUUUGGCAAUCUGGAAAUUAAAGGAAGUAUUCAGUUUGCCAUUGAUUAUGUGGAUACAUUGAUGGAGUUCCAUGUUUUUGUGGCCCAAUGCAAGGACUUAGCAGCAGCUGAUGUUAAAAAACAGCGUUCUGAUCCAUAUGUAAAGACCUAUUUGUUACCAGACAAAGGCAAAAUGGGCAAGAAGAAAACACUUGUGAUGAAGAAAACCUUGAAUCCUGUGUAUAAUGAGAUAUUGCGUUAUAAAAUCGACAAACAGAGCUUGAAGAAUCAAAAACUGAAUGUCUCAGUCUGGCAUCGGGACACUUUCAAACGCAACAGUUUCCUUGGGGAAGUAGAACUUGACCUGGAAACAUGGGACUGGGACAACAAACAGAAUAAACAAUUGAAGUGGUACCCUUUGAACCGCAGGACAGCACCAGUUGCCCUUGAAGCAGAAAACAGAGGUGAAAUGAAAUUAGCCCUCCAGUACGUCCCAGAGCCAUUCUCAGGUAAAAAGCUUGCUACAACUGGAGAAGUGCACAUUUGGGUGAAAGAGUGCAUUGACCUCCCCCAUCUCCGGGGCAGCCACCUGAAUUCUUUUGUCAAAUGUACCAUCCUGCCAGAUACAAGUAGGAAAAGUCGUCAGAAGACAAGAGCUGUAGGAAAAACAAACAAUCCUAUCUUCAACCACACCAUGGUCUAUGAUGGUUUUAGGCCUGGAGAUUUAAAAGAAGCCUGUGUAGAGCUGACAGUCUGGGACCACCACAAAUUAACCAAUCAGUUUUUGGGAGGACUCCGAAUAGGCUUUGGAACAGGUAAAAGUUAUGGCACUGAAGUAGACUGGAUGGACUCCACUCCAGCAGAAAUCUCUUUAUGGGAAAGAAUGGUGAACUCACCCAACACUUGGAUUGAAGACAUCCUCCCACUCCGGAUGCUGCUCAUAGCCAAGCUGACUAAGUAAGAGAGAUCAUUUCAAGGCCCAGGGGCUCCAUGGAAAGACAACUUCCUCAUUUUCCUGCAUCAGAAAGUACAGAACAAAUGGCAUCCCUGAAAAUCUCAUCAUGGGGACAAAAGCCAUUGACACCCUUGAUAUCCAGGACAUUUUGAACUGUGAAUUUGCAUGUGUCUUCAUGCUCCGAAACCAGAGGAAUUUGAAUAGCAGGCAACCAUGUGAUCAAGAUGUCAUUUGAAAUUAAAAGGUGGCCCCAAAUGUGUUAUAUGAUCUACAUGAACUAACAUUGCUGCUUCAGAGGGAAAACUACUCCCAAAAAUGGGAAAUGUGGAGUUGUGCUUAAUAUUACUGUAUCUGCCAGGAAAUGGGCUGCAUUCUUCCUUUAUUCCAUUGUGGAUGAUCAAAUAUUCCCUCAUUAGUUACAGAUGUUUAGGGUAUGGAAGGAAGUUGAUGAUAAGGAAAAAUAAUUAUUUUUCUUGUUAAACAAAUAAGAGCAAUGUAAGGAUGUGGUGAUGAAGCAAAGACUGCCACAUGUGAGAUGGAAAUCUAGUUGUUACUUAUAUUCACAGGAGAGAUUUCAGUGAUGUAAGUGUUUUGAUGGGAUAUAUACUAUCUGGGAAAGCUUCAUUUUGGACAUAUGUAUACACACAAACCUAAAUGCCUGUGGAGGUUCCUUGAAGAUGUAAAAAAAUCUUAGAAACAUGGUGGUUCCACCCACUGGACACAGAUGGAACUUCAGCCAAAGUUUUAUUCAAAUAGGUCUUAACAAAACACUGAGCCUGUCCUUCCUGUCCUUCCUGUAAAUGGGCUAAGUGAAAGCAAUGUACUUUGGUUAUAGACAUGCUUAGGAUUAGAACAUAAUUGCUAAAUUAUACCAUUCUUGUUUCCUGUGUAUGUAUAAUUUUAAUAAUGUAUUUUAUAAAACCUUUACGCUUCCAAAUAAAUUAUAAUACUUCAUAUGUACCUUA